AUGAAACGAUUCAGCUCCUUGGGAACGUGCGCCGCUGUAACCGCUGGUGCAAAGCUACGUUUCGUUUAUCAACCGGCUCUUCGGCUUCGAAACCGUCGUGACGGCAUAAGAAGUAUUAAAAAGACGCCUCCGGACAGUUUCGAAAUUUGGAAUGCGACCAAAGAAAAACACGCGGAUCUGACUCCCUCCAAGAUUACGUCACAAACAUUAUCCGUCUGCCGAGGUCGGCAAGAUACGACCCCGACGAACGGAGGGACUAACUGUAUUGAGUUUACCUUCCAACCUUUGCUACCUACUGUAUCUCAUUUGAUCUCUUCACCUGCUAGGAUUCUCCCUUUAUCUCAUACGCAAAAUACUCCAACUUCUAAUCAAAUUCCUAGUUUAACUCCAACUAAUCUUCUUGACAAUAUUUCUCCUACUUCUAAUCAGAUUCCAAAUGUAUCUCCUUCUAAUUUGCUUAAGAACAUUUCUCCACCUUCAAAUCAGAUUCCUCAUUUAUCUCCAACUAAUUUGUGUAAGAAUAUUUCUCAAUUAGUUUCACCGCCACUGGAUUUUAGGCCUUCUCCUACUUGUUCACAAUUUUAUCCACCUUUCAGUGUUGAUUCCUCAUCAGCUUUGACUUCUUCAUAUUUGUCUCCAAUUAGAUAUAAUUCAUUCUUAUGUAAUAUUCCUUAUGAAUUUCAAAAUAUACAGUCUUCUACUUCUCCUAUACACAGUAGACUUGUAAGUCCUUAUCCCUCUAAUGUUCGAACUACAUCUUCUCCUCUCUUACCUUCUUCUACUCGUGCAACAACUAAUACACAUGCUGGUCCUUAUCCCUUUUCAAACGUUGAUGUUCCAUACCAUUCUACUUCCUCCACCAUACGUUCCCCUACAUUAUCUCCUCCCAUAUUACGUCACUCUCCUCACACAAUUCCUACUCUUCCAAAAAUUCGUCAUAUGGUUACUCGUUCUCAAAUAGGAAACCUUAAGCCUCGGGUUCUUCCUUAUCUAAGAAAGACAUCCAUCCAUUCCUCCCGAGCCUACUUCAUUCAAGGAAGCUAA